AUGUCUGAGCCGCUCAGCCUCGCAUCUACACCCAUGGUCGCGUCACUACCAGCAAAAUGCAACCUGUGCCGCGCCAAUGCAGAUCCCUUCUAUAAAACAUGUACAGCCUGUCGGCGGAAGAGAACCGCGUACCACAAACAGAGGAACGAGAGAGUCAAAAUGACCCAAAUACUUGCUGUGAAAAAAGGAGACGCGCCGACCGGAAAGAAUGUCGCUGGGCUCCAGGCGCCGGAGCUCAAGUGGAAGAGUAUCGGUGAUGCGAACUCAACUAUGGAAAGAAGAAAAAAGCGAGUCAAGUAUUCCAAUAUUAAGGAGGCACGCAAACAAAUAAUGGGUCGCGAUCCGAUGGUUUUUGGAACCGAAUUUCAGACAGCGGCAGAGAUGUAUAAGCGACUGAAAAGCCUCCUUCGCAAGAAUGCACGUCUCAACUACCAGGCUUGCCACUCUAUCGUCGCUGAUCCCGAGUGCAGUCAUGGAAAACGCGCUACGUUGGUUGCUCGUGACAUUCAAAAAGCCGCUGAUGUCUCUUUCAACCACAAAGUCACCAUUACUGCUCCUCUACAAUCUCGAACUUUCUACACCUUGCGGUUUCGCUGCACCUGUGCAUAUUGUAGCCCCGCGCAACGGGAUGAAUUGCCUGUUAUGAAUCAAGUCAAUGUUUCUGGAGGUGACACGAUGGAAAACCUUCCUUCCUGCCAAGGUGAAGUGGAAGUCACAGUUAUGGAAGAUCUUAGGCACCCUUUGGGAAUAGUCGGCCAACAAAUUAGAAUCCAAAUCCGUCACUGA